UGUGGACCUGUGCCCCGUCCGUUCUGGGAGGCGGGAGGGAUAGAAAGUCCCUCACCUCUCAGCCUUUCUGAGCGGAGACUGGUAUUUCUUCUAAAGGGUGAGGUGGCUUUGACCCCGGGUUGCCCGGCCAGCACGACCGAGGUGGUGGCUGGACAGCUGGAGGAUGAACGGAGAAGCCGACUGCCCCACAGACCUGGAAAUGGCCGCCCCCAAAGGCCAAGACCGCUGGUCCCAGGAAGACAUGCUGACUUUGCUGGAAUGCAUGAAGAACAACCUUCCAUCCAAUGACAGCUCAAAGUUCAAAACCACUGAGUCACACAUGGACUGGGAAAAAGUAGCAUUUAAAGACUUUUCUGGAGACAUGUGCAAGCUAAAAUGGGUGGAGAUUUCUAACGAGGUGAGGAAGUUCCGUACGUUGACAGAAUUGAUCCUCGAUGCUCAGGAACAUGUUAAAAAUCCUUACAAAGGCAAAAAACUUAAGAAACACCCAGAUUUCCCAAAGAAGCCACUUACCCCUUAUUUCCGCUUCUUCAUGGAGAAGCGGGCCAAGUAUGCAAAACUCCACCCUGAGAUGAGCAACCUGGACCUGACCAAGAUUCUGUCCAAGAAAUACAAGGAGCUUCCAGAGAAGAAGAAGAUGAAAUAUAUUCAGGACUUCCAGAGGGAGAAACAGGAGUUCGAGCGAAAUCUGGCCCGAUUCAGGGAGGAUCACCCUGACCUAAUCCAGAAUGCCAAGAAGUCGGACAUCCCUGAGAAGCCCAAAACCCCCCAGCAGCUGUGGUAUACCCAUGAGAAGAAGGUGUAUCUCAAAGUACGGCCAGAUGCCACUACGAAGGAGGUGAAGGACUCCCUGGGGAAGCAGUGGUCUCAGCUCUCGGACAAAAAGAGGCUGAAAUGGAUUCAUAAGGCCCUGGAGCAGCGGAAGGAGUACGAGGAGAUUAUGCGUGACUAUAUCCAGAAGCACCCCGAGCUGAACAUCAGUGAGGAGGGCAUCACCAAGUCCACCCUCACCAAGGCUGAACGCCAGCUCAAGGACAAGUUUGAUGGGCGACCCACCAAGCCACCUCCGAACAGCUACUCGCUGUACUGUGCAGAGCUCAUGGCCAACAUGAAGGAUGUGCCCAGCACAGAGCGCAUGGUCCUGUGCAGCCAGCAGUGGAAGCUGCUCUCCCAAAAGGAAAAGGAUGCCUAUCACAAGAAGUGUGACCAGAAAAAGAAAGAUUACGAGGUGGAACUGCUCCGUUUUCUCGAGAGCCUGCCGGAGGAGGAGCAGCAGCGGGUCCUGGGGGAAGAAAAGAUGCUGAGCAUCAACAAGAAGCAAGCCACCAGCCCCGCCUCCAAGAAGCCCUCCCAGGAAGGGGGCAAGGGCGGCUCAGAGAAGCCUAAGCGGCCCGUGUCGGCCAUGUUCAUCUUUUCUGAGGAGAAGCGGCGGCAGCUGCAGGAGGAACGGCCCGAGCUCUCUGAGAGCGAGCUGACCCGCCUGCUGGCCCGCAUGUGGAACGACUUGUCCGAGAAGAAGAAGGCCAAGUACAAGGCCCGGGAGGCCGCGCUGAAGGCCCAGUCAGAGAGGAAGCCCGGCGGAGAGCGUGAGGAACGGGGCAAGCUGCCCGAGUCGCCCAAGAGAGCCGAGGAGAUCUGGCAACAGAGUGUCAUCGGCGACUACCUGGCCCGCUUCAAGAAUGACCGGGUGAAGGCCAUGAAAGCCAUGGAGAUGACCUGGAACAACAUGGAGAAGAAGGAGAAACUGAUGUGGAUUAAGAAGGCAGCCGAAGACCAAAAGCGAUAUGAGAGAGAGCUGAGUGAGAUGCGGGCCCCUCCGGCUGCCGCAAACUCUUCGAAGAAGAUGAAGUUUCAGGGAGAACCCAAGAAGCCUCCCAUGAACGGUUACCAGAAUUUCUCUCAGGAGCUGCUGUCUAAUGGGGAACUUAACCACUUGCCGCUGAAGGAGCGCAUGGUGGAGAUUGGCAGCCGCUGGCAGCGCAUCUCCCAGAGCCAGAAGGAGCACUACAAAAAGCUGGCCGAAGAACAGCAGAAGCAGUACAAGGUGCACCUGGACCUGUGGGUCAAGAGUCUGUCUCCCCAGGACCGUGCAGCAUACAAAGAGUACAUCUCCAACAAACGUAAGAGCAUGACCAAGCUGCGAGGCCCGAACCCCAAGUCCAGCCGGACUACCCUGCAGUCCAAGUCGGAGUCUGAAGAGGACGAUGAAGAGGACGACGACGACGACGACGAGGAUGAAGAAGAGGAGGACGAUGAGAAUGGGGACUCCUCCGAGGACGGCGGGGACUCCUCCGAGUCCAGCAGCGAGGAUGAGAGCGAGGACGGGGACGAGGUGGGCAGAUGGGACACGGGAGGGCGGCUGGGUCCUGCAAGGAGGGCCACCCGUGACUGCACGUUCUUCUCCCUGUCCCCGCCCAGAAUGAAGAGGAUGACGAGGACGACGAUGAGGAUGAGGAUGAGGACGAGGACGAGGACAAUGAGUCUGAGGGCAGCAGCUCCAGCUCCUCCUCUUCAGGGGAUUCCUCAGACUCUGACUCCAACUGAGGCUCAGCCCCACCCCAGGGCAGCCAGGGAGAGCCCAGGAGCUCCCCUCCCCAACUGACCACCUUCGUUUCUCCCCCAUGUUCUGUUCCUUGCUCCCUGGCCUCCCCCACUUUCUUUCUUUCUUUCUUUCUUUUUUUUUAAACAAAAUACAGUGGGGUAGGGGGCUGGAGGAGCCCAGGCCAGGACUCUGCAGCCUCAGAGACAUCAGCCCUGGGGGGUCCUCCAGGGAGAGCAACCAUCAGACUGAGCCAGCACUGGACCAGCCUGGCCCACCCUACCCCUCUUCUGCACUCGCAGUUCCGGCCUGGACAAUGGACCGGGGAGUGGGGUGGGGGGCCCCGAAGAGUUCAGUGAGGCCCUCCACACCUGCACACCCCAAGGUGGGGUGGAAGCUUGGAGAGGACCUCUUUCUUCCCAGAGGGGCUUGCCGCCUGGACGCCUGCAUUGGAACUGGAGGCAGGGAAUGUGGGGAGAGGAGGGCGGGUGCCUUUGACACAUAGGCACUGCCCCAAUGGUCCUCUCCCCUGCCCCCUGCAGGAAGGAGCUGCCUGGACCCACUCAUGGGGGGGGGGGGGGAAGGGUUUUUUUUAUAUGUGUAUAUAUUUUUUUUUUAAGCUCUGAGCUGUCAACGAGACGUUUCCUACCGAU